ACCCCGCAAACCCACUCGAGACCAAGAGGCCAAGUGUCCCCACCCUCCUUUUUUCCAGUGCCUAAAGACGGAGCCAGAGGAACAGAAUAUGAAUUCAGCUGAAUUAUUUGAUGAUGAAGAUAAUACUGACGAUAUUAAAAAUAAUACAAAAGGAGAAACUGAUAAAGAAGAUGAAGUGCUAGACUGCUCUGUGAUUUCAAGACCUGAAAAAAAUUCACUGGAUGGUUUAAUAACUUGCCUACAAGACAUCAAUAAGCGAAAACGAACCUCAUUUGGUUUGGAUGGUUCGGGGAACCACAAAGAAAUCUUGCCAAGUGUGAAAAAAAGAGGCAUUACACAAGAGGAUCAGACCUCAAACUUGAAAUGCAGAGAUGGAUUGCCUACUCAGGAAGAUGCUGAACAGCCAAGCAAGAGCAAAAAUUCCAGUCUAACGUGGAUUUGUGAAGAAACUUUGAAUAGCACAGUUAUGCCUUCAUACAAGAAACCUCUUUAUGGGAUCUCUCACAAAAUUACAGAGAAGAAGACUUUGCCAGGAACAGAACAGUUUACUACCUUUGAGUUAUUUGAAAAGAUUAAUCCUAGCAGUCCCUCCAAUCUUAGGACUUUGAAUGAGCAGCGGAAAAGAGAAACAAGCAAUAUUACUGCCGAAUCUGAUUCAAAUAUCUAUUCUUUAAUACAAAAAAUGUUUUAUACACUGAAUACAUUAAAUUCUAACAUGACUCAACUGCAUAGCAAAGUAGAUCUGCUGUCAUUAGAAGUCGGUAGAAUUAAGAAACAUGUCAGCCCAAUAGAUGCUGUUGCAGAAUUCAAGCCCCCUCCUGAGUAUCAACUGACUGCCUCAGAACUCAAACAGAUUAUGGAUCAAAGUACAUCAGGUGGUGAUCUGGCUUGCCGAUUACUUGUACAACUUUUUCCAGAACUCUUUAGUGAGGAUGAAUUAAGUAAGGCCUGCACCACAUGUGGUUAUUUUAAUAAAAAGAAACUUGAAUCACUUCAUCUGCAGCUCAUCCGAAAUUAUGUGGAAGUCUGUUAUCCAUCUGUGAAAAAUCCUGCUGUUUGGCAAGCAGAAUGUUUGCCUCAGGUCAAUGACUUUUUCAAUAGUUUUUGGGCUCAGAGAGAUAUGGAAAAUAGUCAACCAGAUCUACAAUCCUCCAGUUUUUAUGAGUCUGAUCAUAUUAAUGAUAAGGAUGAUGAUGAUGAUGUUCUAUCUAUUGAUAGAAAUACUUCUGUUGCCUCAGAAUGGGUGUUUGAUGCUCAGGAUAUAAAUGAAUUUUUAGAUGAAGCAUCUUCUCCUGGAGAAUUUUGUGUAUUUUUGCUACACAGAUUGUUUCCAGAACUCUUUGAUCAUAGAAAAUUGGCUGAAAGAUACAGCUGUUAUGGAGAGUGUGGAAAACAAGAACUUGAUCCUCAGCGACUUCAGGUAAUUCGCAGAUAUACAGAGAUUUACUUUCCUGCUAUGCAGGAGAGAAAGGCUUGGUUACAGCAUUGUGUUCAGCGAAUAAAUGAUGAACUUGAAAGCAUGUAUAUGGAUGACAGUGAGAAUGAACAGAUAAGAGAUGAUUGCUAUGAUUCUUCAAGUUUGCCUGAUGAUGUGUCAGUUAUAAAAGUAGAAGAUAAUUUUGAAUAUGAAAGACCAGGUAGAAGAUCAAAAAAGAUUUGGCUUGUGCCCAUAGACUUUGAUAAACUUGAUAUCCCUUCCCCUGAUUUUGAUGUUCCUGUCUCAGAUUAUCUGUUAAGUAAGGAGCAGCUUAAGAACAUAUAUGAAAGUAGCUUGUCUAUAGGUAAUUUUGCUUCUCGAUUGCUAGUUCACUUGUUUCCUGAAUUGUUUACUCCUGAAAACUUAAGGAAGCAAUACAAUUGCAGUGGCUCACUAGGCAAAAAACAACUUGAUCCUAUUAGAAUUAAAUUGAUUCGACACUACGUGCAAAUGCUGUAUCCAAGAGCUAAGAAUGAUAGAGUAUGGACACUGGAAUUUGUUGGGAAACUGGAUGAAAGAUGUCGUCGAAGAGAUACCGAACAGAGACGCACAUACCAAUUACAGCGAAAAGUCCAUGUACCAGGUCCUGAGAGGAGAGAAUUCCUGACCUAUGCAAUAAACCCAGAACGAUUUAAAGAGGAAUUUGAAGGGCCACCAUUGCCUCCCGAAAGAAGCAACAAAGAUUUUUGCAAGAUACCACUUGAGGAACUUAUUGUUCCUCCACCAGACUUUUCUGUGCCUUCUCUAUAUUUGCUGUCUGAUAAAGAGGAUCAUGCAACAGGAUAGGACAGCUGUAUGCCAUUCCAGUAAAAGGCAUCAUUUUUGAAGUAUUUGCCAGCAGAGCUACUUGUAGCUGCACACUCUGAAGCACCGUUUUGCCUUCUAGUUGAAACUGCUGCACAAUCCAGUUUGUUGUGGUAGUGAGGUGUUGAUACAAUUACUGUGUGUGACACGUCUAUUUAUCCAUUUUUAUAACAUGUUACUUGGAUCUUAAUAUGUAUCACAUGUCACUUUAGAAAAAUGUUUUUUUCUGUUCCGAAAAUAAUGGAUUUUUACUGAAUUAAAAAUAAAGGAGUAAAUGGAAUUGUGAGGACAGAAAUGGAUUGAUUAGAACAUUUCCUUUCCUAAUUUUCUAUCAAAUUUCUCUCCACUUUAAGUCUUAUGCGUUGGCUUUAAAAUUCACACUGGCUUAAAGAAAAACAAGUAUGAUGUAACUCUGCAUCUUUUACUUUGUUUCUCAACUGUCUUAUGAAGGUUUCUUCUAUACUGAACUGGACCCUGAGAAUUCCAGCUGAGUUUGAUGUGGCAGUACUACACUACUUUUUCCUGGUCUCAAGGCCAGGGGGGGUGGUUUCAGCUUUUUCUCUCAAAUAGCUUUCCUAACAUGCUAUAUUUGUUAGCUGAAUGUACCAUUCUUAGAGAGUAAAGAAGAAGAUAUUUUCUGAUUUAUAAUAAGUCAAUAAAUGUUAAUCUGAAGUAAAACUUAUACAUUUAUAUAAAGGCAUUAAUUUUAUAUCCCUCAAUUUAGAAAUAGUUUUUGUUGCUCAUCUGAACAUGACAAAAAUCACAUAUCAGGUUUUCGGUUCUACUGAACUAUGAAAAGAGCUGAAAGGCUGUGGCAGAAUCUUCAGGACAUGUAUUGUUUUCUGAAUUUCAAACAAAGCAUCAUUUCUUUAUUGUGUACUUCUGUACUUAAUUUUGAUUUCUUUUCCUGUCAGGGUUGUUUUCAAUCUUCCUGUAAUUCCUUCCCUCUCACAUAUUACUGCAAUAAAA